CCGUAGUAACCUGGCUGGCCCUGGCGCCGCUGAGUAUCGGGACUUAGUGCUUCCAGUGUCGCGGGCGAAACAUCCGAGACCAUCGGUGUCUUACGGCGCAGACGUCGGCGCGCACUGAGGUGGAGAGCUCCCAGUAGACAGCCGAGAUGCUGAACAUGUGGAAAGUACGGGAGCUGGUGGAUAAAGCCACCAAUGUGGUGAUGAAUUAUUCUGAAAUUGAGUCAAAGGUUCGGGAAGCUACAAAUGAUGAUCCUUGGGGACCUUCUGGUCAGCUUAUGGGUGAGAUUGCAAGAUCUACUUUCAUGUACGAACAGUUUCCUGAAGUGAUGAAUAUGCUUUGGACCCGUAUGUUAAAGGAUAACAAGAAGAACUGGAGGAAAGUUUACAAGGCUCUUCUACUGCUGGCAUACCUCAUAAGAAACGGGUCGGAACGGGUUGUGACAAGUGCCAGGGAACACAUCUAUGAUCUGCGAUCCCUAGAAAAUUAUCAUUUUGUAGAUGAAAAUGGAAAAGAUCAAGGCAUCAAUGUGCGUCAAAAAGUAAAGGAGAUGGUAGAGUUCAUACAAGAUGAUGAUCGUCUGCGGGAAGAGAGGAAGAAAGCAAAGAAAAACAAAGACAAAUACAUUGGAGUUUCUUCAGACAAUCAUGGAGGCUUCCGAUAUGGGGAUAAGUAUGAUUCAGAACCAAAAUCAAAAUGGGAUGAAGACUGGGACAAAAACAAAGGAGCUUUCCCUUUCAGUGAGAAAUUGGGAGAAAUUGGAGACAAAAUUGGCAGUACAAUUGAUGACACCAUCAGUAAAUUUAGAAAGAAAGAGCGGGAUGAAUCUCCAGAGCGCUUCAGUGACAAUGAAGAAGAAAAGGCAUCCAGAAAUGGUAGACAUACUAAAUCAGAAUUUAAGGAUGAGGAGGAGACCGUCACAACCAAAAGUAUCCACAUCACACAGGCAACUGAAACCACCACAACCCGCAAGAGAGGAGUUCCUUCAAAAACAGUUGAUCUUGGGGCAGCGGCACAUUAUACAGGUGAUACAAGCAGCCCUGAUCAGGGAAAGCAGAUUGCAGCAAAGACUUCAGCACCAAACUCAACCAAUGCAAAAACCUCAAACAGUGGACUAGUUGACCUAUUAAUGGACGAUUCUCGCAUAGCAUCCAACCAGACACCAUCAACUGGUGCAUCCAAUGAUAUGUGUGGGGGAUUUGCAGACUUUUCUUCAGUAGCUGCUUCGGCUAGCUUUCCUUCCAACCUUGGUCCUGCAACAAGUGGUGCUGCAGAUUUUGGAGACUGGAAUGCCUUUAGCUCACCCCAGACAACUUCAGGCGGAGACCCAUUUCCAAACACACAGGCUGUGGCACAAAUGCCUUCCUCUCCAUCUGCUGAAUUUUUUGAUUUGAUGGGCUCAAGCCACACAGCCAUGACAACCUCUCAAAGCAUGAAUUUUGCACUAUCAAGUGGAAAUGCAAUGGGCACUGGUGCUGGCCUGCCUAUGUCCAGGUCUCAGCCGCUGCAGAAUUUAACUGGAUCCAUGCAAAAGCCUAGCCACAUACCAUCUCAGCACAUGCAGGUUGCCCCAAAGGGUGGCAUCAAGUCUCCUCUUCCCUCCACCUGGUCAGAUCCCAGUGUAAAUAUUAGUUUGGAUUUUCUAGCCCCUGGAAUGCAGCCUCCCAAGCCCACACAGCCAUCUCUGAACACGAUGAUGCAACAACAAGGUGUCCAGCCUUCUGUCAAUAUGAUGGCCCAAAGCUUUGCAGGAAUGAACCUUAGUAUGCAGCCAAAUUCAAUGCCACCAAGACAGCCAUCAAACCAGAUGGUUGGAGGCAACGUGAAUCUUGGAAUGCCCAGUGUAAUGGCAAGUGGAACUCUUGGCAUGAACCCAAUGUGUCUGCCUCAAGGGUCUACAGGCAUGAUGAACACAGGAAUGAUGGGAAUGAACAUGAGUAUGGGAAUGCCAACAACAGGGCCAGUUGGAAUGGGCAUGCAAAAUAUAGGAAUGAACCCAGCCAUGUUCCAACCCAAACAAGAUGCCUUUGCAAACUUUGCCAACUUUGGCAAAUGAAAACUAUGAAGAUCAUGUUGAAAUAGUUCAUGAAGGAAUCAAGAGCUGCACAUACACAGAGUACUUGAAAACAUUUGCUGCCGUCUCCACUUUUUAUAGAUUGAGAAAUGUAUGAGUAAUUUUUGUAUGGGGCAAAAUAUCUGGUGCGAGAGUGUGUUAUUUCUUACUGGAAGACCUGCAUUCACAUCCUAAAGAGAGUUUUAAAACAUCACUGGGAUUUUAACAUAACUCUGCCUCUGCCUGGGUCGGUACCCUGAAGAGAGCAACACUGAUUCAAAGUUAGAAAUCAUAUAAUUAUGUUUUGUACUUUUUCAAAGCAUUUAUUUUCCCUUUUAGUUCAUGUUAUCUCACAUCAUCUAUAGAUUUUAAAAAGCAGACUGAACUCCUCUGCUCUUAGUUGGGAGUGUUUUGUACGGUACGCUACGAUGCAGGACAGCACCACCUUCUUCACAGCGGAAGUCACCAGUGUGGUCCAAAUAGGGCAGCAAGAGCAACCUAUGCUUGUCUUUCUCUGUGGACUGAACAAAGUAAGUUCUGAACCAAAAUGAAUAGUUUAUGUGCCUACUGCACUUCACCCAGUGUGCAAGUCUGACAUUUUUAAACCAAUGUGUAUUACAGCCUGGGGAUGGAGAAUGUCUGUGUGCUCAUCUAAAGCAGGAGUUUGCUCGACUCACUUGUAUGCUUUUCUAUUUUCGAUGCCCUCAAAUCAGUGCACCAUUCUUUACAGGAAUGAAGGGGUGGAGAACUUCCUGUUUUGAAGAAGUUACAAUAUCAUAUGUAUUUGACCAAGAUUUUUUUUUCUUUUUAAUAUAUAUAUAUAUAUUUAUAUAUAAAUAUAUGGUAAUUACUAUUCCAGAGGGACUAAUUGAUGGGAGCCUUUUUCAGUUGUGCUUGGGUAUUUUUUUUUGUCACUCGAUUGUGGAGAUCCUGUAAAAUUAAAGCCAUGGCGUAUGCUUGAGGUGGGAUCAUUACUAAAACACUAUUAGUUAUGCAAAUAUCUGCUUUCUGAUUUUUUGUUUUUUUAAACAAUCCAUAAAAUCUGUUGAUUGUAUUCCAUACAAUAUUUUAUGUAUAACAUUAAACAGUCCAUUAAAAUGUUUUAAUCUCA